UCCUUCUCUCUCUACUGAGUCAUCUUCUCGCAUAGACGAUCUUUGGUUGACAGAAAUGGCGUCGGAUAAUGGACUCGCCUCACUGGGCGCGGAGGGAGCGGCCGCAGCUACACAUGCUCUGUCUCUGCCUGCAGACGCUUAUGGAAACGAUCCUCGUCUGGAGAUGAUGUGGGCCAUGAAGGCCUACAACCACGCUGAGGUUUACUUCAAUCUCAUCUCUUCAGUCGAUCCUAAGUUCCUGAAGCUGACGAAGCUGGACGAUAAAGUCUAUGCGUCCUUCAGAGACACGUUUAAGGAUCUUGACAUCAAACUGCUGAAAGCUGAAGACCUGAAGUCAGAGCAGGCCAAAGAGACGUGGCGUCUGUUCUGUAACCAGUUCGAAGGCCUCAUUGAGGAUUUUAACUACGGCACUCUGCUGCGUCUGGACUGUGAGAAAGACUACACAGAGGACAACACCAUAUUUGCCACCAGAGCUCAGUUCUUCGCCAUUGAAAUCGCCCGAAACAGAGAAGGCUACAACGACGCCGUGUUCAGGUCAAAGAGCGCCAAGAGCUAACCUCCAGUCUGACCAGUAAACGAGGACGCCCCCUCCAGGAAACACAGAGACAUUGUUAUUUAAAUUUCACCUCCAGUUCAUAUCAGGUUUUAGUUUUAUAAAAUCAUCCAUCAGUGUUUUUUGUUUCUGCUCAGUUUCAUGAAAUUAAACGUCAAACAGCGUCGCCACCGUCUGCAUGCUUUUUCUAUUUACUGUAAAUUUUAUUGUGCCAAUCAUUAAAAGUUUAUUUUGUAAAAACACAGAAGUUCAUUUGUUUGUCUGAAACAAAGAAAUAAAAGUCAGAUUCAGUUUA